AUGCCACCCACGAACAUUCCUCGAUUUCUUCUCCCACGGGGUGCCCCUUCCACGCGGACCCUACUGGCCCUCAGCCGACAAACCAACCGCAGCACCCCGUCGUCUCCGCGAUGCGCUUCAUCAUCCUCGCACGCCGACAACGGUAAGCAUCGUGUUCUGGAGAAACCAGACAAGUUCCGACCGCCAUCACAUCCGGCACGACGGGUGGUGCAGACUCGCAAUGGCAAGGUCAUCAAUUCGGCCCCGAUCAAUUAUCCCGGUCCCCGGCUGUCCGAAAAGGAGAAAGAGGAGCAGAAGAAUCGACAGUACCCGAAUAUGUUUCCGCCAGAGGGUACAUUCAUGUUUAAAUUUUUGACAAGUCGGUGGAUUCAUAUUUGGAUUGCUAUGAGUGUGUUAACGACCUUGGCAACGUUCACAUUCACGACGAAUUUCAAACGCACGUCCCCAUUUGCUCAUCUACUUCCCUCGUGGUCUGGUCUUGUAUCACAUCCGAUCGAUACCAUCUCCCAGGCUAUGACUGUGUUCCGGAUGCAUGUGGAACAUAAUUCCUUAGAGACGCGACAGAAGCGCCAACGACGUGUCGAGGACGCUGAGAAGAGACGUCAGUACCGCGUUGCUCAUGGAUUGGAGGAGCAGUCCGAGGAGGACAAGAAGACCUCGGUUGAUAUCGAGGUGGUUGAUGAUCAGUCGCCCGUGGCUGUUGAGCACCAGGACAAGGCCGAUGGCGACGGGUAUUUUCUUGAUUGGGAGGGGAAGAAGAGGCCGGUCAAAAAAUGGUUGGGUAUCUGGUGA